AUGGCUCUCCAAGACACCUUCACGCGGGCAUUGGAGCAGGGAGUUGCAGAGUCCCCUGCAACGGUUCCGCUGUCCUCUAUGGUGUGUCUACUAAACGAGUACUUUCAAUAUGCGCAGCGGACCUGCAAAACCGUGGAGGAGAUAGAGAACAAGAUGUCCAAGCUUGGCGUAGAUGCUGGGCGCCCACUCUGGACAUACGUCCGCAUGCUGGACAGAAUGCGCUCAAAGACCCAGGACACCGUUUGCAAGCUUACACGACCGGACACGGUUCUUUACUAUCUUAAGGAGACCGUGUGGCCCAUUCUUUUUGGGAAGCCGGCAGCAGACAUUAAAAAGCCAGCAACAGAGGAUUUGGAGUACUACCUUGUCGACGAGUGGCCAGUUUUGGAAUACUAUACGUCCUAUCCCCCCAACUACGGCGGGGCGCUUCCCUCUAUGUUCGUGGCGGGGCUCGUUGAAGGCUUUUUGACUUGCUGUGGCUUCAGGACCAAGAUCUUGGCGUACAAUGUGCUUGAUGAACCAAACCCAAACAUCACAUUUCACAUAUCGUUCACCAAGCCAUAG